AAGAAAAGAAAACGGCACGGCCGCCACAGGUGCAUUAAGUGUAAACUCAUAUUUUCAAAACUAGUUCAGUAUAUCAGACAUAUGCGAACCCACACUGGCAAAACACCUUUUAAGUGUAAUGAAUGUGGAUUAUAUUUUGCACAGGCUGGUACCCUGCAAAGACACAAGCGUAUACCUGGUAGAUGCAAGCCUGGGAAACUUCUAGUUACAAAUUCUGAUGCUGCUACCGCUGAAACUAAAACACCACAAGAGGACUUGGUACAGAACAAACCAUAUGCAACUCUGCCCGAAUGUUAUGUAAAGCUUGUUGACAUUUCCAAGACUAAUCUGUGUAGUUUAUGUGGUAAAAGCUUCUCAAUUGCAGAGAAGGCCAAAAAGCACUUCUACACCUGCCACAAGGGAAAGAGUUUGGCAGUUUCAUCAAGUCAGUGUGCAACAAAACUCAGUGGUGAUGAAACUAAAAAAGCAGAGAAUGAGACAAGAGGAAAAUAUAAAUGCCCUCUUUGUCCGCGGCUUUUCAAGUAUUCCUACAACAGGGCUCGACAUUUGCGUGAUUGUGUCAAAGAUACAGUAUGUGGUGGCAAAGAAAAAGUUUCUGGUAAAUAUCGCUGUCCCUUGUGCCACGCUACUUUUACUUUACCAUCCAACCGAUAUAGACAUAUUAAGGCAAUAUGCCUCAGAGAAUGUCUUAAUCGGCUUGCAAAAGAGAGAGCAAAGUCGAGGCCUAUGGUUGAACAGAAAAAAUCAAAGGAAAGUGAGCAGAAAACACAGUCAAAGGAAAUUGACCUUAAAACCCUGUCAAAGGAAAAUGACCUGAAAGCACUGUCAGAGGAACAUGAACAGAAGAUACCAUCAAAGGAAAAUGAACAGAAAACGCAGUCAAAAAUAAAUGAGCAGAAAAAACAAGAAAGCCCAGCUAUAACAGCCCCCAAGCUUGUUCCACGUUAUAAAUGCAAUCUUUGUCCAGCGGUUUUUUAUCAUGCUUCUGGAAAAUACAGACAUAUGAAAAAACAUGAGUUGUUUAAGCUCACUGGCAAAAUGUUCAGGUACAGGAAUUCCGUGUUCUCUAUGUCUAAACCAGCCACUUUAAGUAGUACAAAGACUGAAGAUAAUAAGGAUAACUUAAAAUCAACUGAAGCAAAUAGCAGUCUUGUGCUGAGCUGUCAGUUUUGUGGAAAAUAUUUCAGCACAUCACAGUCACUGAAGAAACAUGAGCGCAAUCACCGAGGUGAAAGACCCUACCGCUGCCUGGAAUGUGGAAAAGGAUUCAAGAAACAUGCCCAUCUGAUUGGUCAUAAAAUUGUUCACCAGAGGAGGAUACAGUGCACUGUCUGCAGAAAGAUUCUUCCAACGAUUGGAGAACUAAUCCAGCACAGAAGUUCACAUCUCAAAAGGGGAAAGCUUCAAUGCCCAGACUGUGAUCAACAAUUCCAGUAUCCUGUAUAUCUCCUUAGGCAUCUAGACACCCACAAAAAUAGAGAAAACAAGCCAUCUCAGCUUGAAGAGAGUGCACCAUCAAAACCCCGGACGUCCUUGGAAUCUGCAAAAGAGCAGAUUGGACCAAAGCAGCUACAGUGUUCCUUAUGCAAAGAGGUAUUUGAUGAUGCUCAAGUUCUAAGAAAACAUUGUCUUACACACAUAUCUGGGUCCUCGUCAAACCAAUGUCCAUUUUGCAAACAUAAUUUCACUAGUCGCCGCUAUUUGCUGCGUCACAUGAUCAAACAUACUGGAGACAAGCCCUUCUCCUGCACAAACUGUGGAAAACAGUUUUACCGUAACUUGUACCUUAAACUUCACAGUGAGAGGUGUUUGCCUGCUCAAACGAGGCAUUUUGUCAUAAUGGAGUCUAUCACUAAGACAAAGAGACCAUAUCGGUGCUCCUACUGUCCACGGUCAUUUUGUAAGAAGAUCCGCCUGAAAAGUCAUCUCAGAGGACACAAGACAAACUCUCUUCUUCUAUGCUCAAGAUGUGGCCAAUACUUUGGUUUUAGAAAAUUAAAUCAACAUCAGAGGAACUGCAGGGGGACUACAGAGAUCAACACUGGAUCUUCUAAUGGUGAUUUCAGUAAAAGUCUCUCUCCAACAAACCAGAGUGUCUGUGAAAUGCCUUUACAGUCCAGUGCAACCAAGAUGCUUCCGUUUAAAUGCUCCUACUGUACACAGAGGUUCAGGUACAGAUCGUUGCUCUUCAGACAUCUUGUUUCACAUACUGGCAUACAACCCUAUGCAUGCAUGCACUGUGGCCACAGAUAUGGAAGUCAGACAAUGUGUUUGCAGCAUGAAGCUUUCUGUGAUGGAGUUUACAAAGAGGGGCCAUCAAAAGUCAAAAAUGGUGCUGAAGCAAACUUGUUGAGCAAGCCAAAUCUUAGAGAGGCAGCACAGAAGCAAGCUGAAGGUGAAGCUGAGUACAAGUGCAAAUUCUGCACCAAGACUUUCUUGAAAUCACGAAACCUGAGACGUCACAUUUUGACACACAAUGAAGUGAAACCUUAUCGCUGCAAAGCCUGUGACAGCUGCUUUUCAAGGUAUGACCAUCUGAAAGUACAUCAGACUCGUUGUAAGGGGAAAAGACCACGACUGGAAGUCUGUAUUCCCAAAAUCAGUUUAGAUGAUGUUGGCAAAGGUUGGCAAAAUAGGUUUAGCAUUCAGCCUGCCGAAAAGCAGGAGACAUUUGAGUGCAAAGUCUGUUCAAGAAGCUUCUCAGCUCAGUCUAAGCUUUCCCGACACAUCACCAUGUUCCAUGCUGCAAAGUUGUUCAAGUGUACACGCUGUGGCUCGUCAUUCGCUCAUGAAAAAUCUCUCAAACACCAUCAGAGGAUGAACAAGUGCAGAAAGGUCUCCAGUGACACAAAUGCUUCUCUACCAUUGGGAACUAAUCCACCCACAGAAAAUGUGACAGAACAGCUUCAUGGGGUGAGAAGUCGAAUUCUGCAGAGGAUCAAGCCUUGUUUUAACAAAAAGUACAAAUAUGUAUGUAGUUAUUGUCCCCGUGCUUUUGGAAACAGCUGGCAGUUGGGGGUGCAUACCCGCCUGCACACAGGAGAGAAGCCAUAUGCCUGUGAGUAUUGUGGUCAGAGAUUUAUAAGGAAGGAUUAUGUGCAGCGUCAUUUCACAAAGUGCACAAAGAAGCAACAGCAAAGUAAAGUGCUCUGUGACCGAUGUGGUGGAUUUUUCUCCAAAUUCAAGCUUGAGGAUCACAAAAAAAAUUGCACCUUAACUCCAACCUUAUCAAAAUCAACAGUUUGCAAAAGCCAGCAGUCAACCUCGCAAAGCCCACCAAAAGGCUUUUCUUGUGCAUACUGUAGUUCUCGUUUUUUGCUUUUUUCACAGCUCCAAGAGCACUUUUUAAAUGCACACAAACUGGAAACAGUGGUUCCACCAGUGUCUACUGCACCCCUACAGCACCACCUGUCAAAAAUACUAAACAUCAAAGAAGAGCCUUUGGAGGAGAUUUGUGACGAAGGUCUAAGUGAUGGUGCUAAUUUAAUCUGUAAAUUAGAUACAACACUAGAUGGUGAUGCACUCCAGCGAUUUUUCUGCCCAGAGUGCAACAUGUCCUUUGGAAGUAAAGCUGGACUAAUUGGGCAUAUGCGUGUACACUCAAUGGAGCGUCCUUUUAGCUGUAAAACAUGCAAAAAAGGCUUCUGGAAUAAAAGUCUUCACCGUAAUCACUACAGGAAAUGUAGGUUUGGACAUAUUUCAGAGAGAAGUAAAACAAAACAGUUGGAAGUCCCUUUGAAAGCAGAGAUUGAUUUUGCACUUAAUGACUCUGUUCUAGUGUUCAAAGAAGGCUCCACAUCAACUGGCACUGGGGUUUUGCAGACCAACUUUUCCUGCAAAGAUGAGUUAAUGGAAGAAUCCUCCAAAAAUUCAGAAGGAAACGAGGCGCAAAGCAGCUCAAGUAAAGAGAAGAAAGCUGUGCAGUACCAAUGUUCAGAAUGUGAUAAGAGCUUCACAGAUGGCUUAUUGCUCAUUAGUCAUCUUGAAGACCAUGGAAGACAGGAACAAGAGAAAAAGCGCAAUACAUGUACUAAAUGUGGACGGGUAUGCACUAGUCAAGAAAAUCUUGAAAAACAUAUGAAGACACAUGGAUUUGACCAGAAAUACCAUUGCCCUGACUGCCCCAAGAUAACUUACACCUUAUCUGAUCUUGAAAUCCACAGAACGUAUCAUGACCCAAAUAGACCUUAUGUUUGUAAACUAUGUCAUCAAAGGUUUUGGACAAGACCAUCUUUAUGUAAUCAUUACAGUGAAGACCAUCCAGAUGAUGCAUUUACUUGUCGUUUCUGUAACAAGGCCUAUUCAGUCAAAAAAUCCCUGACACGACACUACAGAAAGUGGCAUCAAAAAGAGCAGGAGAUUCUUGCUAGUACAGUACAGGAAAAUAGCAGCACUGAACAACAAUCCAGCAGUCAAGUUAGAACAAAUGGUGAAAGUGAUGAGGAUGAAAAUAACGGCAGUGAAGACAGUGACUCAGACUCUGCACCAUACUUCCCAUGCCAUGUGUGUGGCAAGACAUUCCCAACAUCGGAAAGUCUUGAGGAUCAUCAGCGGUGUCAUCUCGGUGAAAAACCACAUGAAUGUGAGGAAUGUGGUCGAUGCUUUUUCCAGGCAUCCCAGCUGCAGCAGCAUCAACGAAUGCACAAGUCUGAGUUUCAGUGUCAGGCAUGCGGCAGGGGUUUUGUGUCUCUCUUUGCACUGCGUAAACAUAAGCAUACUCAUGGCAAGAGCCGUCCAUACCGUUGCUCGAAGUGUCACUUCAGUUUCACAGGACCCUCACAGUUAGCAGAACACAUGACUACUCACCGUGAAGAGAACUUCCCUUGUGAUAUAUGCAAUUGUGUGUUUCUCUCCAAGAGUAGUAGAGCUGAGCAUCGGAAAAGCCACUCCAAGUCAGGUGACCAUCCCCCACCUUCACUUUCUAUGACAGAGUAUCAAAAGUCUCCUUCACUCUCUGAAAGCUCAUCAGUAUUCAACAGAGAACUUAAAUAUCGCUGCGGUGUUUGUAAUGAGCGCUUCAGAGACCCAGAGGAGCUCUCAGAACAUGGUUGCAUGGCAACCAAAGAGCGACCAUACUCAUGUUCAGACUGUGAUAAACAUUUUCUGCAUGCAUCUCACCUGAAAAAGCACAGGACUACCCAUCAGCUGUCAUGGUCAAGUAGUGAAUAUCCAUGUAAUCAGUGCAACAGUAGCUUUUCAUCCUCUCAGCACUUCCUCAGCCAUCUUAAGACCCAUGUUGAUACUGCAGCAGAAAUUCAACACAACCAUAAAGGUAAAGAUGGAAGACUUUCACACCAUUUUACAUGUCCAGUUUGCCAUCAGUGUUUUCCCAGUGCCACUGAACUGAUUGGUCAUUUUCCCACACAUUCUCAUACAUUUGAAUGCAAAAUGUGCAGUAUGACACUUCCCUCUACAAGCAAGCUCGAACACGAGUGCGGUCAUCUGACAUCAGCUACUGAAUAUGAAUGCACAGAGUGUUGCCAGAGCUUUUUGGGAAGUGAUGCUUUGCACCAGCACCACUGUUCCCAUCAACAGCAUGCAAUAACUGAGUCCAAAUACUCAAAUCCAUCUGCUAAGGCGUCCCCUCCAGGAGACGAGGAGGAGAUCGAUGUUACUGGGGAGGACUUGUACAAUUGCCCUCACUGCUCAAUGCAGUUCUCCUCCAAAAGUGGUCUGUUGGAGCACCAAAAUAAACACCUAAUUGAGAAGCCGUUCAAAUGUGAACUUUGUGGAAAAACGUUUGCAUUGCGGAGGUACCUUAAAGAACACGAGCGACGGCAUCGUUUAAAAUUGGCUGCUCAAAGCGCAGCUCAGUUGGCUGAAAUCCAGUUGAAAUGUAUCCAGUGCCACACUGAAUUCAAUACAGCACAAGAUCUGUCUUUGCAUAUGAGACUGCAUGCUGAAAAAGAGGGUGGAAAGUACCGCUGUGAUAUGUGCUACAAGUCAUUCAGCCACUGGACUCUUCUUAAGCAGCACCAAGAAAGUCAUGUUGGAGAAGUUGUAUAUGAAUGUACAGAAUGUGACAAAGCCUUUGCUUUUCCUCAUCUACUAGAAGAACAUCAAAAGACUCAUGCUGGUUCCGCUCAGUAAUGAUUGUUAGAUACCAUCUACUUUAUAUUCCCUUUUGAAUAACUGUAACUAAAGUAACUUGAAAUCCCUUUCAUGCCUUACAUCUGACUGUGUACCUCCACCUGCAAUUAUUUACAAAGCUCCUGACUCAUGUCACUGUGAUAUGAGUAUCUUCUCCUGAGUUUCUAUUGACAUUGCGUAUAUAUUUUUAGUUCUAAUAUUGGGAUAUGAAUACAGUAAAUUAGCGACAUAGUUUCUUGACAGUGUUUGUAAAUCUAUGACAAAGUUAUUUAAAGCUGUUUAAUAUUCUGUGAUGAAUACAGACAAAGCAUGAUGGGAUAAAAUGUUUAUAAAAUGUCUUGGAUAAAGUCAGAAAUUUCUGAUGUUUUACAUUUAUUUUAGCAUAGUUUUAGCGAGUUUUGUUGCCAAUAGGUAAAAUAGACUUCAAAGAAGUUGUUUUAAUCUACUGGUAUGUUGUAUAGUAUGAUUAUUUGUGUACUAUUGACAAUUUUGUAAUUUUCUGUUAAUUUUCCUGUGUUCAUCAUGGGGUUUUUUUUGAUAUUGAUAAGUAUCUUGUACAGACACUCAAAAGAUUAGUAAUUGAAUAUCAUUUUCACAACCCUAGGAUGUUACUUUUCUUAAUAAAUUUGAGUUGAUGCAUUCAA